UUCAUUCAGCCUUUUCCGUGUGCGUGAAGGCCCUGCACCACCAUUUCGGCGAUAAUAGAAAUCUCCUGCUCCCCAGUUGCUUCUGUUACUGCGAAUCUGUGGAACCACGGGGCUAGUGCGCGUUGUCCCAAUCAGCUUGGGAUCAGCCCUUUGGGAGCACCGCGGGAUCAAUCGGCUGUGUUUGGAAGCACAAUUUGGAGCACGUUGGUUCAGUGUCAGGGCUUUUGCGAACCAAUUCGCACCAGUCAUGGCGACAGGAGCGGUGUUAUUGCAAGUCGGGACGAGAUACUGGGGUGUGGAUUCGUGUGCGCUGCAUUCGAAUCGCGUAUGCGGAUUUGGGACAACUCAUGAACAUUGCUCGUGGUCGAAGUUGAAGGUGAAUGGCAGCAGGGAGAUGAAGUUGAGGGACAGGCUAGGGUUUUUGCGGUCUGAGAAGAUGAAAUUGCUGUCUCCGAUCGUCGGUGCCGCGUCCCAACGGUUUGAUGAUGCGUUUGAGGAGCCUGCUUACUCUGAUUCGGAAACGGAGGCGGGCGCUAGUGAGGUCUCUCCUGAUUCCCUGGACAAAGAGGAGAUUUCUCCUGAGGCAGGUGCUAUUGUUGUGUCGUCGUUGUCUACAUCUUUGCAGACCCUAUCGAAGGAUGAGGCAAUGGGAAUCAUUUUGAAUGCCGCUGGGUCAACAGCUGGUUGGACAACAGGUUCUGGCUUAGAAGGCCCAUCUUAUCCAAUGGAGGAGGCUGCAAAUGAAAUGCCGGGCCCUAUUUUCAGCAAGUCGCCCAGGCGACGCAUGCGUGUGGCUUUCACAUGUAACGUAUGUGGCCACCGCUCGAUUCGAGCUAUUAAUCCUCAUGCCUACACUGAUGGCACAGUCUUUGUACAGUGCGAAGGGUGCGAUGUAUUUCACAAAUUAGUCGAUAACUUGAAGCUGUUUCACGAACUCAAGGGUCGUAUCUACAAGGGUUAUGAAUGUUUUGAAGUAGGAUAUGACCAGUAUUACGACUUUCUUGGUUGAUUCAUACUUUAAUACUUCCCAAGUUCUUGCUCGUAGUGGGAAGUGUAUGUGAAUAUUUCGAAGGAGCACAAGGUUUAACUCGUAUCUUCUAGGAUGCGUAUGUAUAGGUCAUCGGGCACAAAGAAUCUGAAUUAUUUCUGCGUGUUGGUCAUGUCUACUAGAGCGUGACUACUGUAUGUUUUAAUCUAUAAAAUGCAUCUAUGAAACAUCUUGAAUUGUCA